ACGUGUGAAUAAUGAAAUGCACACGUAUUUAGUAAUGAUUAUCAAUAUUCACACCCAGGUAUCUAAAUAUUUACUGCAAGUGUCAACCGUGAAAGUAUUUGAUCGCAGGUUUCCGACGUUUAUGGUAUAAAAAUCGAAGGACGAACACGCCAGCUCGGAAAUAAGAUGGUUUGAAAGGUAUAAAAGUAAAUAAUACGAAACAAAAAGGACAACAAAGACUGUUUUGUUUAAGUCCGUUCGGAAACGACUGUUAUGGUGACGAUAACAAGAAAAAAUCGGGAAUUUAACAUGCAGAGCUGCUUUGGUCCUGUAAUAAACAAGCUUCUUCCGCUAAAGAAACAAAAAAACCUGAAAAAAGAAGGCAAUAAACGGUCACAUGGUACUAUAAUGGUAAAAGUAAUUGUUCUGGGAUCAGGGAGUGUUGGUAAGACAAACAUUAUUCGGCGCUAUGUUCACAACGAAUUCAAUGCUGAACACGAACCGACUACCGAAGACGUAUACGAAAAUUAUUUCACAUCAAAACGCAAUAAAGAUUCAAUCCUGUUCAAAAUUUACGAUACGGCUGGCUCAGACCAGUUUCCUGCUAUGAAGAGGUUGACAAUUACCCAAGGAGACGCUUUCUUGGUGUUAUAUGCUGUCGAUGAUAGGGAAUCAUUCAAUGAAGCGAAGACGAUUUGUAGGGAAGUGUUCGAACUAAAAUCAGACCAUGUGAAAUCAAUAAUGCUUGUGGGAAACAAAUGUGACUUACCGACCUCAGGGCAAGCAGUUAGCACGGAGGAAGCAAGUUUGGCUGCAAAACAUUUAAAAUGUAAAUUUACUGAGAGUUCGGCAAGGUUGGGUGUUAAUGUCGAGAAAAUAUUCCGGGAGACACUAAAUGAUUUUUAGCAGAACUAAUUGUCUGUAUUGUUGUUAUGUGUCUAACUAGCCUGAAUCAAAAACCCUUCCUCGUUAUUAGCGUGGAGAUCGUCAAGAAACAAACUGGUGAAAUUGUAUUGAAUCUAAUAGUUUUGUAUUAUGACGACCCACGAUAAUUCAUACUCAUAGUUUAUAGCAGUCACAAAGCCACAAGUAAAAGAUUUCUGUUUGUUUAUUAAAGAUUAUAAAAAUUUGAUGAAAUACAGAUAAUCAUUACCACACUGGACAUACAUAUAUUUAGAUAAAUGAGAUGACGAAAUAUUUCUCGUGUAAUAAAUUAUAUUUUCAUCCCAUAAA